AUGAGUGGCUGCGAGCGAAUCUGUUGUCAUCACCAGGCAGCAGACAACGUUCGACAGAUCGAUACUGCGCCAGGAAACGGCAAUGCUGAAAUGUGGUGGAUCGGAGCAAAAUGUCACACUGUUCGGAUAUGCCUUGCCGAGCCGCUACAUCGGCUGCAGCUGUCUGAUCUGACGACCGUCACGAGCCUGUCCACGACAACGGAGGUCAUGACUGCUCGCUUUCGAAUCAUUCGGACGUCGAAGGGGGUUUCGCUGCAUCGGCGUCGGGUCGGCUGCAACCAAUGUACAGGCGCUCCCUCAACGCUUCUACUGAUGAACGACGACUAG